GUUUGAGACACCUAUACCAAUCAACCCACCUCCUUCUUGAAGCUCCGUAUUCUCCCUUAUAUUCUACGUUCUUACACCCUCUCGACAGCUAAAAACCAUGAGCGUGCACCAGAACGACCAUGUGAUUGACAGUGACGAGGUCGACCGCAUCGCCAUUGCCCCAAAUGCCCCCGACCUGGUAUCACGUCUGAUCUCAAAGAUCAACACACAUGGUCAGGCCUUUAUGUUGGGGCAGUCUAGCGUGCGAGCUCAAUUGGCAGACGCUGCGGAGUCGCUGUUGGCCGCACUCGAAACUCCACGAGAAACGAUCCACCGGCAGUGCUUUCGGAACCCCAGUGGAUGGGCUGCCAUUAAUAUUGCCAUGGACCUGGGCAUAUUUCGCCUGCUAGCUGAGACCAAGCGGCCCAAGUCGAUCCCAGAACUGGCCAGUGCUACCGGAGCGGACCCUGUCCUGCUGGGGCGUAUUAUGAGGCAUCUGGGGGCUAUCCACGCCGUCGUUGAAACAAAACGCGGCAAAUAUACUACUAAUGGGUUUUCCUUCACACUCGCCCACAGGAAAUAUUCUGACUCUAUCCUCGCAGCCGCGGGCUCCAUGUACCCUUCGAUCAAUGGUAUACCUGAGUUUCUUCGCCAAACUGGAUACCAAAAUCCCUCCGACGGCCGUCACUGUCCCCUUCAAAUGGUCUAUCGCACGACCGACUCGCUUUUUGAGUAUCUAGCUCAUAACCCAGUCAUUGGCGCGCAAUUCAACACUCUCAUGGAAGUCUACCAUCAGGGUCGUGCCAGCUGGAUGGACCCAGGCUUCUACCCGGUCGAUCAACUCAUGUCUCCAUCCCCGAUAGGUGAGCAUGACGUGCUUCUGGUCGACGUUGGCGGUGGAAGAGGCCACGACAUCAGCGAGUUGCGCGCCAAGUGGCCGAACCUUCCCGGGAAGUUGAUUCUUCAGGAUCAGCCUGCAGUCCUGGCUGAGGCUACCAAUCUACAUCCGUCUAUCGAACCCAUGAGCCAUGAUUUUUUCACCGAGCAGCCAAUCAAGGGAGCUCGCGCCUACUUCCUCCACUCCAUCCUCCACGAUUGGCCGGACAAAGACUGCCAUCAAAUCCUCGAACCCCUCAGAGCCGCCAUGAUCCCACGGGUCAGUCGGCUCCUCAUCAAUGAUUAUGUUAUGCCUGAACAGGGUGCGCACUGGCAGGCAACAUCGCAGGACAUCAACAUGAUGUCGAUCUUGGGGAGCUUAGAGCGGACUGAAUCACAGUGGCGGCAGUUGUUGACCGAGGCGGGUUUCCGCGUUGUUAAUGUAUGGACUGUUGAUUGGUGGUCGGAGAGUUUGAUUGAGUGUGAAGUGGUGGCUUCUUCGGCGAGUGAGACUGUCAGAGACAGACUUUAGAAAAUCUUCGUUCAUUUUAUUAGUUUGUUGGUGGUCUCAUCGCACUGUUUCAUCGGGCCUUGCUGUGUGUUUGUGGUGAUAUUAUCACAAGCCUAAUCAAUUCUCUAGCUAUCAACUUCGACAAGAUUAUGGGUUUUGAGGUAGGCAAAGAAGUUAUCUUGAGGAUCAUCCGAAGCAAGGCGGUCCAUGUUAGUAAGGGAUAAGGGAAUGAUGACAUCGUGAGCAGCUGUAGUCGGCCAUUGUUGGAAAGAUUAGUAUAGUCAAUGCCGAUCCUUACCAAGAUCAUAAUCGAGCGAUCUUGUCAGGAUCAGUGGGUAUGUCGCUGAGAUCAGUAGAUCUGUGGGCUGCUUGAAGG